UUGCGGCUGAGGAGGAGCUCAUAUUAAUCCAAACACGGAGGCAACAAUAUCCACAGCGUUUGUAGACAACAAAUUUAUUAUAUCCAGUCGACUUCAGUAACAGCAUGGCCGCUCAGAAGAUAAACGAAGCUCAUGAGCACAUAGCUAAAGCGGAAAAGUGCUUAAAGACAAGUCUGACAAAGUGGAAGCCUGAUUAUGACAGUGCUGCAUCAGAAUACGCCAAAGCAGCUGUGUGCUUCAAGAAUGCCAAGCAGUAUGACCAGGCAAAGGAUGCUUACCUGAAGGAAGCUGAAUAUCACACAGAAAACAAGACGCUUUUUCAUGCUGCAAAGUAAGUAUCCCUGUUUUAUAACCCUGAUAUUAAGGGUGGGCGAUAUGGCCUCAAAAUUAUACCACGAUAUUUCAAGGAAAUUAGCAAUAAUGAUAUUAUGACGAUAUAGAAAAAAAAUAAAUACUGAACAACGUUUUAUCAGUGAUUGCAACUUGUAGGCAGCAGCAUUUAUUAGUGCAAACAAUAUUAUAUAUGCACUAAUAAUGCACUAUAUUUAUUAGUGCAAUUUCCAUCCUUUACCAAUGAGCUACUGUCAUUGAUGACAGACUACCUGAUCGAAGUGUGAAUCUAUUGCCACAAGGUGGCAACAGCAGCAGCAUUAUAGUGCAAUAGUAGUGACACAGCAUUAUACACAGCAUGAGUCAAAUGUAAGCACAAGAGUAGCCUAGGUAGUGUUUUCUCUGGAAAUCCUAAGUAUAACAUAACUGCUUAACACUUUAGUUCAACAAUAACAAUAACUUAAGUAACUUAACCUUGUAACUCUUCAGGAGCCUGCACAAUUUUGUCAGCUAAUAAAGUUGACCUCAAAUUUUAAGUACAAAUGUAAACAAACAGCAGCAAUCCACAUGCCUGUAGUUGAGCCCAAAAACUCCACCGACAAUAGAGCUGCUAGUUUGUCGCAGCAUGCUUCAUACAUCGCAGGCGAGGAUGUCUUUCUACCUGGGAUGUUGUAUCUUGGGUCGAGCUUUUUAAACAGUUGCUUUAACCCUUCCUUUUCCACCGUUUGGAUUGGCAUCAUAUCCUUGGCCAAACAAUAUGUAACCGCAUCAGUAAUUUCCAUCCACCGUUUGAUCAUAUGGAGUGCAACUAGCGAGGGCUGCAACAAUGCUCGGUUGUUUACUGUUGGGCCGCACAUCACCAGCUGCUAGUAUCUCCUCCUCGCCUGCCUUCAUAGCCUGGUUGAAGUUGAUGGUGUGUUUUUGCUUCAAGUGGUGAAACAAGUUUGUUGUGUUUCCACCUUUCGCGGUAACAGUUUUCUUGCAUAUUUUGCAAAGUAUUGUUUUUGUCUUUGUUGGAGGUCUGACCUCUUGUAGCCAAACCACUUCCAUACUAUUGAAGUAGCUCGCUUUUUAGGUCCUAAAUCGUCAUCGGAGGCUGACACGCUGCUCUCGCUCUCAGACGUAUUUGGGCAUCUGUCCUUGUUGUGUGCGCUAUAUCAUUGAUAUGAUAAGAUGACAUCCCUACCCGACAUUACACUAAAACAUAAAAAGCAUUUGUUUUAUUCUCACUCCUCUUCUCCUUUCUCAGGGCCAUUGAACAGGCAGGUAUGAUGAUGAAGGAACAAAAGAAGAUGCCAGAGGCCAUCCAGUACAUAGAGAAAGCCUGUAUGAUGUACAUGGAGAACGGGACCCCUGACACUGCUGCCAUGGCUCUGGACAGGGCUGGAAAACUGAUUGAGCCUAUAAACCUGGAGAAAGCUGUGGACCUGUAUCAAAAGGCAGCUGGUGUGUUUGAGAAUGAGGACCGUCUGCGUCAGGCUGUUGAACUGCUGGGCAAAGCCUCCAGACUUCUGGUCAGGUUAAAAAGGUUGGACGAAGCAGCGGUGGCUCUGCAGAAAGAGAAGAACAUGUACAAAGAGAUCGAGAACUUCCCCAUGUGCUUCAAGAAAACAACUGCCCAAGUGCUGAUUCAUCUUCACAGAGGGGACUACGUAGCAGCUGAUAAAUGUGUCAGAGAAAGUUACAGUCUGCCUGGCUACAGUGGAAGCGAAGAUUGCAUCGCCAUGGAGACGCUACUGCAGGGCUACGAUGAGCAGGACGAGGACCAGGUUUACCGCGUGUGCAACUCACCUUUACUGAAGUACAUGGACAAUGACUACGCCAAGCUGGCCAUUUCCCUGAGGGUCCCCGGAGGAGGAGGAAAGAAGAAGAAGGCUGCAGCUGCUCCACAGGGUGGCGCUAGUGGGGCGCCAGCUGCCGCCGAUGAGGAUGAUGAUUAUGAGGGCGGGUUGUGUUAGCCUCCAACAUGCUGACUCUACCCAUCUACUGUUCCACCACUACACCCUCUGUGUACGAGUUAAAAACCUUGACAAACCCCCACAGCUCUGAAGCCCAGAUGGGCGACUGUUUUGAUCUUUAUCGUGCAAAAAAUAAUAAUAAAAAAAAAAACAUUUAAAACCCCAACAGUUACAGUCGGUGUUGCAGAAGAGUCGAGUGCAAACAGCCUUUUAAUUUGCGUUUCUUUGAGGUGGAUCCUCUGUGUAAUGAAAAAUCACUCUUCAAUGUUCAAUAAUGUAUGAAAGCCUGUUGUAUGUAAAUGUUCCAUUUCUUGUUUCUGUGAAGCUGUACAUUUUGCUGUUAUUGCUUGUGGAAAGGUUACUAUAGAUAUAUUAAAAAUCAGAAAUACUUUAAGAAAUAUGUCUAAUAAGUUGAUCAAUAUAUAGGUGUUUAUUUGUACUACUUACUUGUAGUUAAUUUAUUCAGUAUUAAUAGAUACAGUCUUGAAAAAUGCUGGAACAAUAUGCAGUCAGUUAAUGCAUGUUUGGAAUAAUGAAAUCAAAACCAAUGCUGUGAUGAAUUGGUUAAUAUUAAUGCUUAAAAAUGAUUCACUCCGUCUUCAACAUAAGCGCUUAUUCAUGAAUUAAAAAAGGAACCGUACAACUCCUGAUGAUGCAGCUUGUAGCCAAUCGUAGACCGUUUAUUUGUCUACCUCGAGGUGUGUGUUAUCCACCUUUUAAAAGAAAAAAACCCAUGGCUGUGUCUACCAAUUUCCAUAGUACAAUCCUCAAAUUAAAACGACUUAAACAUGAAAAAAGGGACCAUGCAGUGAUUUUUUUUUCCUUUUUAAUACUGAAUGUGUCAUUUAUCUUGGUGUUCAUACUAAGAAUGCGAGAAUUCCUCUAGACAAGAUCAUUUAAAUGCCAAUUCAAAAAUAUUCUGUCACUAAAAAGUAAUAAAAAGGGACUGUUUACAUUUUUUAUUUGUACUGUUGCCCACUUCUUGUAUAUUCCUCAAAAGCAAAUGUCCAAACUUUGCACAUGCAUCAAUAAACAUUUCCGUUGUGUGGCA